AGAAGAGGGUGGGGGGGGGGUGGGGAGGGAGAGCAAUCCGUUUGGGGCUUCUUGAACGUGGAAUUUCUGCUGAUUUCAUGCGUGAGUGAAUGGGAAUUUUAGCUCGAGAGGCAAUCGCUAAUGCCUCCGAUCGUAAGGUCGGUGGAUUCGUCUCGAUCUUGGAACUAUCCGACCAUGUUUUGCCUCAUCUUCUUGGGAUUGUUGGAGUGAGAUGGUGGAUACGGCGUUGGCCAAGGGGGAAAUGAAUGCGUGUCUUACUCUUGUUUUGAUCGAUUAUUCUUCUUCUUUUCACAUCAUUUUUCCUCUUUCUUGUUCCCCCUUUUGAUCUUAUGUUGUGUAACGAGGCGUUUAAUUUCUGUUUCAAUCCUUUGCCUUUCUUGGAUGGGAUCAUAAAGUUGGGGAUGACCUAUUUUUGUCCCUAAUUUGUUGUGUGUGAUUGAUGAUGUUUUUUUUUUUUUGGUGCGUGUGUGUUUAUUUUUCUGUUUUAUUUAUAAAUAAGCCAAAUUGGUAAACUAAGUCUUUUUUUACUCUGCAUUUCGAUCUUUUAUUGUGGGAUGAAGGUUGUCGAUCAUUUCUCGAGGAUUUGUUGUACUUAGUGCUGUGUUCCCACCUUCUUCAUCCCCCUCCCCCCCCCCCCUUUUUUUUACCCCCUUUCGAUCUAUUGGAGAUGCAGAAAGUAAUUUGUUAUGGUUUUGGUUCCUAAGGUGAAGAAAAACAUGGGAAAAGGGUUCCUGUGGAUCUUGAUUGUCUUUUUUGAUACCUUCCAAUCAGCAACACCUUUCUGCUGAGUUAGAGUUGAAUGCUCAUCCCCCUACCGAUUCCUUUCGAUAGCUGAGUAUUCUCUCCCGGUUGUUGAUACCAGUCCUACAUGGAUUUCAUUGUUGGUAAAUUUAGGGCCAUGGUAUUGGAGUGUGCUAAAUUGUUGAUUUUAAGGCAUCACAUGUACCAUAAUUCACCUACACCUGACUAGUCGCAGUGGAAGUGUAGAUUAGUAUUUGGCUUUGCGUCAUAUUGCUCAUAAGCUUUAUAGGACUGGAUAAUGUGGGUGUGGAAUUAGACUUGUUAGGGAAGCUCAUGAGGAAAUUAAUUCCUCUGAUUAGUUAUGCAGAAGUACUAUUAUGUGGCUGGAUGAAUAGGCAUGUUCCUUGAGGGUGAUAACACUGAGUCAGCAGCCAGCAUUUAGAGGAAACAAUAAGAGAAGGUAAAGAAGAGUCAAGUUUAGGCACCUAUACGUUGCAACAAUGGGUUUUCCUCAGGUACUGCCAGAAGAAGAUGAUGGAGAAGCAAGAUCACCAAGCACAUUCGUGUCAUCUCUGCCUCGAUGUUACGGUGUUAGCAGCUGCGACUUGGAUGGGUUUCAUGCAGGAAGCACAAAUUGUAACAGCGCAGGAGAUUUUUCAUAUUCACCUAUCUGUGAUUUUCAGAGAAAAUCCACCUUGGAAAACUCAGAAGAAAUGGAUUGGCUAUUGGAACAUAGAAAUUCCAAUGGUGCAGCUGUAGAGCUUCAAGGUCUGAAGUUUGACACCAAUAGUGCAAAUGACAAGUUGACACCUAAGUUCUGUCACAGCAUUCAGAAGCCUCUAGUUAGGGUUGUUGGUUUCGGAUCAGGCCAGCUGGGUUCCUCUGUUAAUGGUUUUAAUAAUGUACUAGUAGAACAAAUUAAUUCUUCUAUGGCCCUUGACAAGUCUAAUUUAUCAAAUGAUUCCCAUGGGCUGCAACCACGGAAACGUUUGUUGUCUCCUCUGAACAGUACACUCAGGAAGCAGUUCCAUGGUGAUUUGCUAGACAUCAAUUCUGUUAAUACUCAGCUCGAUUUCUGUGGCUUGAGUGGAAAUCAUAGUCUGUUCUCUUCACAUGAUCAUAAGAAACCGAAUGUUGGAGUAGUUGAAAAAAAUCCAGACUGGCCUCUUUCAAAAUGCUCAAAUCUGCACAGUUUAUCAGAUGCCAAUGUAUUGACUUUUGAUGGUUUAAGUGAUGGGCCUGUUUUUGAUAACAAGGAUUGUUCUUAUUCUCGUUGUUUAUCUGUAGGAGGGCUUGAUCAAAAAAAUAAGCUAAGACCUUUUGCUGGAACAAUAGUCGUAUCUCCAGAGAAGGUACUCUCAACACCUUUUUCGUUGUCCCCUCUCGGUCCUAGAUGGUCUAGAGGAAUGAAAAAUCCAGGAGUCCAGAGGAACAUCCUGAAGGAUAUUGAAAGUGACUUUUCAGUUCUGAAGGGCAUUGAAGGUUCAAAUGGUGGAAGCAGAACUGAAAUAUUGUUCUUGCCUGAAGAUGUUGAUUUCAGGGCAUCAAGUACAUUUGAAGAACCUAGCAUUUUACAUGAUGAGAUGGAUACAUUUACAGCUUUUGGUAGAGGCCAUAAGGGCUGGAAUGGUGGUCCUAAGUCUGUGCCUGCACCUCAUUGCAUGAAUCAUAUAAGAGGCUCAAGCAUGGUGCCUGUGAGGAGGUCAUUAGUUGGUUCCUUUGAAGAAUCUCUCAUAUCUGGUCGAUUCUCAUCUGGGAAGGUCUGUCAGAGCUUCAAUGGUUUUCUGGCUGUACUAAACAUCACUGGUGGUAAUUUUUCACCACCAUCUCAGAAACUUCCUUUCUCUGUGAUGAGUGUUGAUAAUGAUAGCUCACUGUUGUACUAUGCAUCAAUUGAUCUUGCUGGAGCCUUGCCUUCUAGUAAGUGUAGAGGCCCAAAAUUAACAAGAAGCCUGAGCAACGAUUCUGGAGUAGCAAAAAGUCGGUUGCGCAUUCCUAUGAAAGGACGCAUACAACUGGUCCUUAGCAAUCCUGAGAUGACCCCUCUCCACACUUUUUUCUGCAACUAUGAUUUGAGUGACAUGCCUCCAGGAACAAAGCAGACAUUCUUACGUCAGAAGGCCACUCUUGCUUCUUAUGAAUCCUCAACUAAUCUGGCAAAAGGAACCGACAACCAUAACAUUGAAGCAGCUUGUAUUACUAUGGCAAAGUCCAGUGAAACUGGCCAUGGAGAGUGUUAUGGUUGUGUGCGUAAUGAUGAAACUCAACACUGUGAAUCAGCUACUAAAUCACGAAGCACAAAGGAGAGAAGCUCAGAGUUGUUCUCAUCUGGGGACUUUCAUGGAUUACCAAAUAGAUUUAAUUAUGUCAUGGACUCUAGAGAUAACAGUGGGCUCAACAAGAGUAACCAAUAUAAGAAAAUUGAAGAGGGUAAUUGUUGUCAGAUAGAUAUGUGCCGUUUAGCUAGCACAAAAUCUGUUCAUAGCUCUUUGAAGGUCAAUGAUAAUACUUCUGGUGCUCUCCGUUACGCACUUCAUCUGCGCUUUCUGUGCCUCUCCACUAGAAAAUCAUCCAAGUCACUACAGAGAUGCAAAUCUGACCCUGAUUCGGUCCCCAUAACAAACAAUAUAGAAACUAUGGGAGGGCGUCGAUUCUAUUUGUAUAAUGAUCUCAGGGUUGUGUUUCCUCAACGGCACUCAGAUACAGAUGAGGGCAAGUUGCGGGUGGAGCACCACUUUCCAGCAGAUCCAAAGUACUUCGACUUGAGCAAUUGACAAAGCUUCUUGUUUGCCUCCUCGGGCAUUCCCUGGCAAACAAACUGUACAUACCACUGACCACCUCAGUCACCUCAUCCCCCCAUGUUGUACAGAAUUUUCUUUCUUUGAUGAAUAAAAUUGUACGUAGAUCUUCUCCGGUCC